UACAAAUCAUAGAGAAAGUGUUGUGCUUGUUGGUGUUUGCUUUUGUUUAGUAAUAUUAGCGACUUUUGUGUUUUACAGAUAUGUAAAGUGUAUAAAUUAGACUGUUAGAGAAUUGUUAAAUGUUUAAUUUAGUUGUAAAUAAGUUUCAGUGAGCGGUGUGUGGAGUGGGAGAGGAAAUUUCAGCCUGGUUAGUUUUAGCAUCGCAGAGUUUCUUCCUCCAGUGGAAUUCCAGCAGGUCGGAGAAGGAUGGGGUCGCUCGGGAGUCGUUUCCAAGCCUCUCCCCACCGCCUCAGCGAGACGCCGCAACCCCGCUGCGCAGGAAGCGCACACACCUGUGAGUGCAAGAAGAGGAAACGAAGCUCACGCUACGAGUGUGACAGUGAACCAGACGAAGAGGACAGUCUGCUGGACACACCGUGCAGGAAGAAGCUGAAGAGCACGUCGAAGUACAUCUAUCAGACACUGUUCCUGAACGGCGAGAACAGCGACAUCCGUAUCUGUGCGCUCGGCCAGGAUUGGAACCUGCACAAAGUUUACCUGUGUCAGUCGGGAUACUUCUCCAGCAUGUUCAGUGGCUCCUGGAAGGAAUCCAACAUGAUGGUCAUCCAGUUGGAGAUUCCGGAUCAGAAUAUCGACACAGAAGCUCUGCAGGUGGUGUUCGGCUCCCUCUACAGAGACGAUGUUCUGAUCAAACCCAGCCGAGUUGUCAGUAUCCUGGCUGCCGCCUGCAUGCUCCAGCUGGACGGACUAAUCCAGCAGUGUGGUGAAACCAUGAAGGAGAACAUCAAUGUGAAGACGGUGUGUGGCUUCUACGCCGCUGCUAAUAUGUAUGGCCUGGACUCUGUCACGAAGAAGUGUUUGGAGUGGCUUCUCAAUAACCUGAUGACCCAUCAAAAUGUGGACCUGAUGAAGGAGCUGGGGGUCGAGAUAAUCGAGCAGCUGAUUCGCUCAUCGGAUCUUUUUGUCAUGCAAGUGGAGAUGGACGUGUACACCGCACUGAAGAAGUGGAUGUUCCUGCAGCUCAACCCGUCGUGGGAUGGUCCCAUCAAGCAGCUUCUUGUCGAUGCAGAUACGUGGCUCUGUAAAAGAAGAAGCGAGCUGGGAGAGGAGGAGCCGUUUCUGUGCACGGAGCAGGGCUCUCCUUUUAGCCCCGUCUUCAGACACAUCCGCCUGCAGUACAUCAUAAACGACCUGGCCUCAGCCCGCAUCCUCGAGAGGGAUAACAUCAUUCCACCAGACUGGUUGUCCAAGAUAUACAAGCAGCAGUGGUUCGCUAUGCUUCGAACAGAGCAUGAGAAUGACAACGGACCCCAAGAGGCCAAUAAGGAGGAAUUUGAGCAGAACAGCAUGCGCUGCGGUCGAAAGCUGAACAAAGAUGGAGAUUACUGCUGGAGAUGGACAGGUUUUAAUUACGGCUUUGAUCUGCUGGUCACCUACACCAACCGCUUCAUCGUGUUUAAGAGGAAUACACUCAGUCAGCCGUGCGGGGGCGCGGUCAGCUUACAGCCACGACGACACCUUGCUUUCAGGUUACGGCUCGCGUCAUUCGACAGCUGCGGCAAACUGAUUUGCAGCCGAUCUACAGGCUAUCAGCUGCUCACUCUGGAAAAAGAUCAGGAGUACAUGGUGAUGAACCUGGACAGCCGUCUCUUGUCUUUCCCACUCUACGUCUGCUGUAACUUCCUGUACACUUCCCCCUCCCCGGAACGGCGGGCCGAGACCGGCGAAUCAGAAAGCAGCGCUCGCAGCAAAUCAUGACCAUCCGGCCAAUCAGUUCCAUCCUGAUCUUGUGACAUCAUUUCCUACCAUUCGCUCAAUUUUUAGCAUCAGUUUUCUAAAUCUUGCGUGUAUAUUAUUUUUAUUAUUUUUAAAUUUUUUUUUUAAGUGUAUACAGGUUGUAUUAAUUUGUUUUAUUUGACUUUUAUAUUUAUUUCCGAGUUUCGGUUUUGGUAUAAUUAAACCCUAAACAAACCACAGACGGUGAGUGCAUGUUACAGUUUGACGACUUCUGUUGUUGAAAUUAGUUUUGUAUGAAGUUAACCAUUAUAUUCUUGUGUCUGUUCAUAUUGUAUUUGGCUCUGAGUUUGCCAGACAUUCCUUAUUUAUUAUUCAGUGUUUUUGUACUGGUUAAAAAAAGAAAAGAAACUGGUGCUGCCUUUGUGUUUUCUUAUAUAUAGAGGUUGCGUUUUCUUCCAGUGCAGCUCUACUCCAAAUUACAGACAUCACUUCUGUAAAAAAAAAAUUGCCAUUUUCAUAUUUUCUGUUAUUCUGUAAUAUAUUAUUUUAUUACAUUUUAUUACAUUGUGAAUAUGUAUACAUGAUGAAUGUAUCUUGGUUUAAAUGUAAAUGAUGUGUACAAUACGGACCAAAAUAACAUCGUUAUUCAGACAUGAAGAGCAAAUCAGUGCUGGCUGAUAUGUAAUCAGACAAGAGCUUAAUCCAUAAAAAAAAAUAACAAUAAUAAAAUUAUGAAAUACUGGU